UAAAAGGUUACAUGAACUUGCCUAUUUAUGGGUCGGUGUCAAUUACUUUAGUAAAAAACAUAGAUGAAACUCCUUCACAUGAAAAAACUCUAAUGUUCAAAAUAACCCAGAUUUGGGUUAUUUUAACCCAAAUCUGGAGUUAAAAGUGGACUAACUUUGUCUUAGGGUAUUUUAAAAGAAAAAAUAAGUAAAUUGGGUUAAACUGAACAUGCUAUAAAAAUGUAUUCCUCCAAAAAGUAACCCCAAAAUACAUCCCAACAUGAAUAAUCCCUUUUGCUGAGGGGGCAGAGUCACCCCUUGCCCCCUGUAGCUUCGCCUCUGCUUUAAUUCCAACAUUACAAUGAAAAAGUAAAACUUUUCUGCUUCCAAAACCAACUUGAUUUUUUAUGGAUCAGUGUGAAUUUCUUUAGUACAAAACAUGGAUGGACCUUAAAGAUAAACCAAGUUGGGUUAUUUUAACCCAGCUCUGAGGUUAAUAGGGAGAAACUUUAAUAUUGCUAAAAAAAGUGACCUAAAAAUAAAUCCCAACAUGAAUAAUCCAAGAAUUGUGUUCAAAGGGGUUUUUAGAGGGAUGAUUGGAUAGUGAGAGUCAAUAAAUGAGUUCAAACUUUGCUUUGUUCUUUGAAAAGAAAAAAAAAGAUAAAAGAGUCACGUGAUUUCACAAGGAAUAGUUUCAAGUGACUUGGUCCAGUCGAGUACAAAAAAGUCUGACAGACUGUGUGUUGGUGACUCAGCCUGCGCUUCCUCUGCACCUCCACAGCCGGGCACACAUCACCCUCACACCACGCGUGUGGGCGUCGCCGCUCGGAGCCACGCCCCCUCCCACGGCCGCCGCUGCUGCUGAGAGACCGAGGCGCUCUCUGAGGCUGAACCCGCUCCCCACAUCUCCUCCAGCAGCAGCAGCAGCAGCGUGCGCAUUCGCUUUAAGGAGAGCAUAGAUGUGCAAAACCCCUGGAAUAUCCGCACACUGGAGAGGCCGGAACCAACCGCCGUGGAGGACAGCUUCCAUUCAGCCGUGAGAAGGGAAAGAGCCCCGGGGAAGGCAUGGCGGUAGAGGAGGAAGGUCUGCGGGUUUUUCAGAGCGUCAAAAUAAAAAUAGGCGAAGCAAAAAACAUCCCCCCAUACCCGGGACCCAACAAGAUGAGAGACUGCUACUGCACGGUCAACCUGGAUCGAGAGGAGGUCUUCAGGACGAAGAUUGUGGAAAAGUCGCUCUGUCCCUUCUAUGGAGAGGAUUUCUACUGCGAGAUCCCGCGCACUUUCAGACACCUCUCCUUCUACAUCUUUGACAGGGAUGUGUUCAGGAGGGACUCCAGCAUCGGCAAGGUCGCGGUGAAGAAAGAGGACCUGCAGAAAUAUCACGGGAAAGACACCUGGUUCCAGCUGCAACCUGUCAGCGCUGACUCAGAGGUGCAGGGAAAGGUGCACCUGGAGCUGCGUCUGAGUGAAGUCAUCACUGACAGUGGAGUCAUCAGCCAUAAACUGGCAACUAGAGUCCUGGAGUGCCAAGGUCUUCCGAUCAUCAAUGGUCAGUGUGAUCCCUACGCUGCUGUCUCCUUACUAGGUCCUUCCAGGUCAGAAGCCAAGAAGACCAAAGUGAAGAGGAAAACCAACAACCCCCAGUUUGAUGAGGUUUUCUACUUUGAGGUUACGCGGCCGUUAAGCUACACAAAGAGGCAGUUUGAUGUUGAAGAGGAGGAUGUUGAUAAACUAGCGCUGAGGGUGGAUCUGUGGAACGCCAGCAACCUGAAGUUCGGAGACGAGUUCCUGGGCGGAGUGCGCGUCCCUCUGCGAGUCCUGGGCCAAGCUGGCGUGCACGAUGCCUGGUACUUUCUGCAGCCCCGGGAGAAUGGAGGGAAGUCAGUGAAGGUGGAGGACCUGGGCUCUCUGCGCCUGAACAUCGUUUACACCGAGGACCACGUCUUUCCAUCCGAACACUACAACCCCCUCAGAGAUCUGCUGUUGGACUCUGCCAACGUGGAGCCCGUGUCUGCGUCCACCGCUCAUAUCCUGGGGGAGGUGUGCCGGGAAAAGCAGGAAGCUGCCAUUCCGCUUGUACGUCUCUUUCUCCACUAUGGCAAAGUAGUGCCUUUUAUCAGCGCCAUCGCACACGCUGAAGUCAACCGCACACAGGAUCCAAACACCAUUUUCCGGGGAAAUUCAUUGACCUCCAAAUGUAUCGAUGAAACCAUGAAGCUGGCAGGAAUGCACUAUCUACAAGUCACACUUAAGCCGAUCAUAGAUGAGAUCUGCACAGAACACAAACCCUGUGAAAUCGAUCCUGUCAAGCUCAAAGAGUCAGAGAACUUGGAGACGAACAGGGAGAACCUCCUCCAGUACGUAGACCGCAUCUUCAAUGUCAUCACCACCUCUGGAGUCCGCUGUCCCACCGUCAUGUGUGACAUCUUCUUCUCCCUGAGAGAGUCCGCCGCCACUCGUUUCCAAGUUGACCAAGACGUGCGAUACACAGCGGUCAGCAGUUUCAUCUUCCUGCGCUUCUUCGCUCCAGCUAUCCUCUCCCCUAACCUGUUCCAUCUGCGCCCCCACCAUCCGGAUCCCGCCACCUCCCGAACCCUCACCCUCAUCUCAAAGACGAUCCAGACUUUGGGAAGUCUCGCCAAAUCUAAAUCUGCCAACUUCAAAGAGUCUUACAUGGCUUCGUUUUAUGACUACUUCAAUGAGCAGAAAUAUGCAGACGCUGUAAAGAAUUUCCUGGACCUGAUCUCCACUUCUGGCAAAUGGGAUCAGAAAAGCAUUGAAACCCCAAUCAUGCUCAAAGAGGGGUUUAUGAUCAAGCGAGCUCAAGGAAGAAAACGGUUCGGAAUGAAAAACUUCAAGAAGAGAUGGUUCCGCCUCACCAAUCACGAGUUCACCUAUCACAAAACCAAAGGUGAGGGAGCUCUCUGCAGCAUUCCUAUAGAAAACAUCCUGGCUGUGGAGCGGCUGGAGGAGGAGUCUUUCAAAAUGAAAAAUAUGUUCCAGGUCAUCCAGCCAGAGCGAGCUCUCUACAUCCAGGCCAACAACUGCGUGGAAGCGCGCGACUGGAUCGACAUCCUGACCAAAGUGAGCCAAUGCAACCGCAAACGUCUGAGCACUUACCAUCCCUCAGCCUACCUCAACGGCCACUGGCUCUGCUGCAAGCACUCAGCAGACACGGCUCCUGGGUGUACGCCGUGCACUGGGGGUCUCCCUGCAAAUAUCCAGCUAGACGUAGAUGGAGACAGAGAGACGGAGAGAAUUUAUUCCCUCUUUAGCACAUAUAUGACCAAGCUGAUCAAGAUGCAAGAGGCCUGUGGCAGCAAGUCUGUAUAUGACGGGCCCGAACAGGAGGAAUACUCCAGCUUUGUCAUAGACGACCCUCAGGAGACCUAUAAGACCCUGAAGCAGAUCAUUUCAGCCGUACAGACCUUGGAGCAACAGCACACCAAGUACAAACGGGACAAGUUCAAGAAGACAAAGAUAGGCAGCCAGGAACAUCCUAUUGGAGACAAGAGUUUUCAGUGCUACAUUCACCAGCAGUCUGAGAACUCCACCUACUCUAUUUAACACUGGCUGAAUUUUUUUCUAUUUUUGCUCCAAAUUUAUGCCAGAGCCAGCAUACUUUUCCAAACUGUGGGGAAGUGCACCUGAACAGAGCCCCGUUUCUAGUGUUGAGUUUGAAAUCUUUCCCUUUUUUCUAAAGAAAAUGAGAUUGUGUCCAUGCCAAAUAACUCUAAAAAGGCUGAUGUUGGGGGUGGCGGUGAGUGGACCCCCUCCGAUUCGCCGAAUCACUCAGCUUCAGCUGCCUAAUUCAAAGGGCGGCACCACGGUGGAUGGAGUUUUCCACACAAAGUCUCAAACAUCAUCAGAUCCUGGAGAAACAUCUCCAGAUGAGGACAUGGAAGACCAGAUUUGAGGAAGGGAAGGAUAAAGAAACAGCACAUGCUCAUCUGUGAUGUGAUGAGAGAACAAAUAUUUUCACUGGACAGUUCGGACAGUGACCAACAUGCACUUUAAAUGCCUCUGGAUUCAUGAAAGAACAAGCUUUGAUGCAGACUUUCAAAAUUCUUUCUUUUUUUUUGCCUGGUUAAGUUUUUUAAUAUUGUUGUUGAAGUGAUCCGUUAUAUUUGUUACAUAACUGACCAAACUUCAGAGAAAAGGAAGGAACCAUUUUUUCCCACUCUUCAGGUUUCUUUUUAUGCUUUGCUCUGAGCCGAGUGACCAAGCAACACAAGAAAGGGAUCACUGGGACAAAACUAAAAGAAAACGCGAUGUGAAUAUAGCAUCUUUCCCUAUGCACAGUCUUUUAAAGCCUUGUUAUCAUUGGCCUUGUUUUAUUGUCUUUAAGGGAAGGGGAGGCUCUUUUCUUGGCCUGUUUGAAUGUUUGGAUGGGUUUUUGGAUGUCUAGUUGAGGUCUCAGUUAAAACAAGCUUCUGGGAAUAGAAGGAGGAAGGAAGCCCUAAAAACAAAAGUUGCAUUUUUACCAAACAGACACCCAGGCUGGGGUAGAAAUCCUCAAUCUUGUGUACCAAAAUUAACCCCAUGACGUCUAAAUUUAUAUAAAAAAUGUUUUUGCUUUCAAGUAGAUGCUAAAUUAAGGUAAUUUUGAAGCUGAAGUGGUUUGUUGCAUAUUUGCCUCAAUAGGAAAAAGAAAAUUCUAUUACUGAGAAAAGAAACAGCCCUAAGCAGCAUGCAAUUCAUAGCUGUAAAAAACAAAAAUUUUAGGUUUUAUUUUGCUCUUUGGACAAGAGAAAAGUUCUUCCAGCAAGAAAGAUUUUAAGAGUUAAACAGAAGAAAUCCAUGGAGGAGUUUCCAAAACUUCACUUUCAGACUGUUUUUUUUAGCACUCAAUUCCUGUUAAUCAUGUUCCCUAAAGUCUUAACUUUACUGACACCCAUCCAAACAUUCUCAGUGCACGCUCCGUCCGGUUUGUGGUUACGGACAGAAAAUUAUAUUGAAAAGGAUACAGGGUACACCACACAGACCACACAGACAAAGGAAGCACCAGUUAGCUCAACGUGACUGCAGCAAAAAACAGAAAAAAAGAGAUUUGUGCAGUUUCAGUGAGUCUGCAGUGAAAGGGCCCAGCAGGGACUUGAACCAGGAACCUUUCACCAUUUAUCAUUUACUAUCGCAUUGAUUUUAUGGUUUUGCAUACUCUGUGAUACGCUGUUAUUUUUAAAAAGAAGCUAAAACAUUCCUCCCGCUUCCUCUCCCCUAUGCUUCAGCUCUGCAGCUCCUCCUGACUAAACUAAAGUUUCAUCCUCUGGAGGAUGAGCGGAGAGAAAUGAUUUGCCUUGUUUUCAUACAUUUUCCAAAGGUAUUAUUGCUGAGAAACACUGACAGCUGGAGCAGAAUGUUCCUCUGACGUUACAUCACCGAGACAUCAGGCCAAACCUCCCUCACAUACAGCUAAGGCUCCUGUUACAGAGGCAAAAAUAAAACAUUCUAAUUUGUGAUUAACAUUUUUGCAAAACUUUGAAAAGUCUGCAUUCUUAGGAAAAGCUGCAGACUGGAAUUUCACUUUUUCAGCUUCGAUUGAAGUUACAAAAUGCUAAUUGAUUGCAUUGCACCGCUCCAUCCGACUAUAGCACCCACUUUUGCCAAACCAUUGAUGUGCAUGUGAGGUAUAGAUGUACUUAGCGUGCCAGUGGACUCUUCUUCAAGCCACAUGUGAAUUUUGUGUUCUCUAAAAGUGAGUGAAAAUUUGGAUUCCCUAAAAAUAGGAUCCCAACCAGUGCCAGUCUUCACUUUUUUUAAGGAUUUAUUUAAAGAAAAACAAACAAAAAGUAAUCAGUUGGAAUUUUUAUACAUAUAUGUCUAACCUUACUGUUUCAAAAACAGUUUUUCUGUGUUAAGAUAGUUGAACAAUUCAGGCGAAUUUCAGUUUUUUUUCUAUAUUUGUCACUUAUAUCUUGAGAUGAAUGGCUGAAGAGUGUUUGUUGUGUUUGAAAGUGUGAUUGAGAUUGAGCCAACCCAAGAGUUACAGGUUCUUACCUGUCACUUUGUUAAUACCACCACUGCCUAAUGUUGCUCCUUUGUGAUCUGAUUCCACACACCCCUUCCAAACCUAAUGUCCAAUCACCACAAUGAUAAAACAAAAGUGUUGUUCAUUUUAUCUCCUAAAGUGUGUUCAGUGUGUUUUUAUCCCUAACUAAUGCUCCUCAGGUGUGUGAAACUCAUAUUUAUUGUCACUUUCUGGUAAAAAAAAACAAAAAAAAAACUUCCAAAAUAUCUUUUAACAUUUGAGUUUUUGCCAUGAAAGCAGUUCCAGUAAAUGCUCCUCCUUUUGCUUUCUUUUCUCGACACCCAAAAAUACGGGAAAGAGUUAUGCAAUAAAGAUGAUAUGCAAUAAUAUCCCAGUUUAAACAUUUCACUUCUGCAGACUUUGUUUCAGUCAAGCCAGUCAUAUAAAGGGAGAACAGUGUAUUUUGUACAAAUAUUUUAAAAGUAUUAAAAUAAGUGUGUUAAACGUGUAUAUAAAAACAGCUGAAUGAAAGGUGAAAGAGUGAUGUUUUUUUUUCCCUGAUAAACUAAAUGAAACUGA